AUUACAGAUGUGGUUGAAAAUGCUGGAAUGUUUCUUUAUAAACCGUAGUAAAUCUUAUUAUAGGAACUUUUUAAAGACAUGACUUAUGGUGUGUGUGGUGUUAUGAAAUACUAAACUAUUGUCCAGACUCCUGCCAAGAAUCUUCCUGUUUAUAUACAAGGCAUAGUGUAGCCAUGACGGUGCCAGAAACACAAAGCUCACAUCUCUUCACCUGUCUGUUUCUCGGGCACGUGUCUAAAUAUAUAUGAGUAUGUCUGUGGCAGUAUUUAUGAUGCUUGUUUGUGUUUGUGUUAGGAAAGGCCAAGGUCGGCCAGAUUGGGCUGUAUUUGGCAGGGUGACCCAGCACAAUGAGACUAUACUGUUUAAGGAGAAGUUUCUAGACUGGAGAGACUCCAAGAAGGCUUUAAAGAACAAUGAUGAAAUACAAGCUCUUGAACACAAGGAGGUUCAAGGUGGUGAAUGCCGACCAUACAAUGUGUCUAUGAUGAUGCCGUCCUCCCAUGCCCCUGUUCGGACUGUCCUGGACGGCGUGGACGUGGGACGAGGUUACGGUAUGAUGGAGGGAGAUGACAGGAGGAACUUUGAGAUUAGCACUCUGUCUGUGGAUGUGUGGCAUAUCCUGGAGUUUGACUACAGUCGGCUGCCUAAGCAGAGCAUCGGGCAGUUUCACGAGGGAGACACAUAUGUAGUUAAAUGGAAGUACAUGGUCAGUGCAGCAGUUGGAAAAAGGCUAAAUUCUGAGCGGACUGUCGGCCCGGGUAGGGAGAGGUGUGCAUACUUCUUCUGGCAGGGACGUAACGCUACUGUCAGUGAGAAGGGGACAUCGGUUCUCAUGACUAUGGAGCUGGAUGAGGAGAGAGGAGCACAGGUCCAAGUGCAGCAGGGGAAGGAACCGCCUUGUUUUCUACAGUGUUUCAAUGGAGGCAUGAUGAUUCAUGCAGGAAAGAGAGAAGAGGAAGAAGAGAAUACACAGAGUGACUGGAGGCUGUACUGUGUGAGAGGCGAGAAGCCAGUAGAGGGCCACCUGCUGGAGGUGGUGUGUCACUGCAGCAGCCUGCGUUCUCGCACCUCCAUGAUUCUGCUCAACAUCCCUAAAGCCAGCAUGUACCUGUGGCACGGCUGCAAGGCCCAAGCACACACACAGGACGUGGGCCGCACUGCUGCUAACAAGAUCAAAGAGCGGUGUCCUCUAGAAGCUGGACUUCACAGCAGUAGCAAAGUGACCAUCCACGAGUGUGAGGAAGGCACUGAACCAAUAGGAUUCUGGGAAGGUCUUGGGAGACGAGACCGCAAGGCAUACGACUGUAUGAUUCAUGAUUUGGGGAAGUUUAACUUCACACCACGGUUAUACCACUUAAGCAGUACAUCAGGGGAGUUUGUCGCUGUUGGAGGUCCUUCCAGAGAGCCAAAGCUGGUUAACUUCAUGCCUUUCCACCAGGAAGAUCUGUAUAAUGUCACCCAGCCAGCUCUGUUUUUGGUUGAUAAUCAUCAUGAGGUGUACCUGUGGCAGGGCUGGUGGUCUCUGGACAGUGAGAACACAGGCUCUGCCCGCAUCUGAUGGGACUUAGACAGGAAGUGUGCCAUGGAAACUGUGCUCCAGUACUGCCGAGAGAAGAAUGAGAAGAAGCCUCCUAAAGCCUACCUGAUUCAUGCAGGGCUGGAGCCACUUACAUUCACUAACAUGUUCCCCAGCUGGGAGCACAGAGAGGACAUCGCUGAGAUCACAGAAAAGGAAGCAGAAGUAUGUAAUCAGAUCAUUCUAGUGGAAGAUGUUUUGGCCAGACUCUGUAAGACCACCUAUCCACUGGCUGACCUCAUUGCCCGGCCUUUACCAGAAGGUGUCGACCCUCUGCACCUCGAGCUCUACCUCUCAGACGAAGACUUUGAGGGUGUAGGGGCCUAUGGGAAGAAAGGCCUGGAGAUGACGAGGAUGGAAUAUGAAGCUUUGCCAGGAUGGAAGCAGGUGAAUUUGAAGAAAGCCAAAGGAUUGUUCUAGUGGGUUUAGGAGGAUGAAGAUGUACAGUACAGACGAGGCGAUAAUCGCUGUUGCAGUGUAGAAAAAGAUGGAACAAGCAUGUGGUGCAACUUGCACUCAGUUUUUAGCUGAACUUUAUAUAUGUACAAAUGUGCUGAUGUGAAUGCACUGGAAAGGGAUAUAAGAAGAAAAGAAAGGAGGAGUGGAUAUGGACGGAGAUUAGCAGAGGUUUACCAGCCUCAUGGAGUAUCUCUCUGUCUAUUCCUGGUUUUUUGUUUGUUUGUUUUCUCCCCCCAGUUUGUUGAAAUUGUAAAAAGCUGUAAAUUGCUGUAAUUUUCUUUCUGAAAUGUUUUUUCUUCAUUUCACUACAUGUCCAUGUAGCAGAAAUAAAGCUGCCAUUACAGUUACCUGAACUAAAAUAGAAAAGUAAUAUAAUUUGAUUAAUGCAGUGGCCACAUCACACCAGCAGACUGUGUUUGCUUUACCUGUUAAUGCUCUUCAUUAUUUUACUUGUGUUUACACUUUAAACAGUUUUGUUCCUGUAAACGUAUAGUACACUAUGACUUUUUACAGAUGUAAUAAUGUACUAAUGAUCCAGA